AUGCUGUGUAAAGCGGUCCUGUCCUGCGCUCUGUUCCUCACAGCUCUGGAGCCUCUUCUCGGACACCCCCUCACACACUUGGCUGGCAUGUCCUACACAGGGCCUGGAUCAGAAGAAGAGCAGGCGGUGAAUCCAGACGAGAUGUCUUUCUCCGAGCAGGCGUUUCUGUCACAGGGGUCUGCUGGAAUCGGCUUCCCUUCCUUCCUCACAGGAGACAACAGCAGAGAAGCUCUCAGAACAGCCAGCUUUGUUCCUAGCCAAGUGGUGAAAGAGGCGCUGAUAGAAAAGCCGUGGUUGAACCCACUUGGACAUUUCCUGGGUGCCAGGAAACAGUACCAGAAGCGUGGGGGAAACUCUGAGUGCUUCUGGAAAUACUGUGUCUGA